AUGGACGAAACUACACUUGCCGCGGAGCUCCUUGCCGAGAAAUUCGGUAGCAACGGACACAAUCACACAACUCAUCUUCAGGAACAGCCCAUCAACCACCACCAGCUCCAGUCUCAUUCUCUCUCGCAAGCGCAGGCGCAAGUGCAGGCACAGAUGGGCACCGCCAUCGCGGCGACUACUACAUCUGUUGCUGCUUCGGCAGCCUCCUAUGCCCACGCCACCAAUGCAACGUACCCACAAGCGACCGGUAGCGCGACAACUGUCUCGAGCGGCGAGGCCUCUUCAGAGCCCGUGCAAGCAUAUGCCAAACUCGAAGGGGAUUCGACGCUGCAGGUCACCUUCGGCCGCAAAGCCAGUUCAUCGGAUCAGGUCGAUAUCCAUCUGGGACCCACCAAAGCCAUUUCUCGCCAACACGCUCGCCUCUUCUACAACUUUACAACUCAGCGGUUCGAAAUGAUGGUCUUUGGCAAAAACGGAGCCUUUGUGAACGAUCAGUUUGUCGAAAAGGGCGUCACCGUCCCUCUGGAGAAUCGCACAAAGAUCCAGAUUGGAGAGGUUUCCUUUUCAUUUUUGCUGCCAAAGUUGGACACGGAUGACAAUCAGGACAGCGGUUCAGGAUCUCAGAGGAACGGUGCUGGGGGUUCUGGAAUUGGUGCUGCUGGUUCUAUGGAUUCCAACGGCGUCUCUGUCAAACGAGAGGACUCUAGUCAGCCACCAGAGCAGUUUGACUCGUCCGAGUACUCUUCACGGGACACCAAACCGCCAUUCUCAUACGCGUCCCUCAUUGCCCAGGCAAUCAACUCGACCCCAACACGCAAGUUGACCCUGAACGGCAUUUACCAACACAUCACUCAGCACUACCCAUACUACCAAAUGGCGCAGAAUGGUUGGCAGAAUUCUAUCCGCCACAACCUUUCCCUGAAUAAGGCAUUCGUCAAGGUGCCUCGGUCCGACAGUGAGCCAGGAAAAGGCGCCUUCUGGACCAUUGAUCAGAGUUGCGAGAGCCAGUUCGCCAACGGAGUGUACAAGCGGAACAGGAGAGCAAUGUCAUCCAAGCCCGGUGGAACGCGUUCGGAAUCUCCUUUUGACAGCUCGGAUAAGCCAAGGAAGCGCCUCAACACCGGAACCGACUCGUUGUCACAAUCGACGCUCACAUCGACACAAACUCCUGCGGUCUCUCAGCCUGGUCAGGUCCAGACGAUUGGCACUGCCACGAACGGACAAACAGCGGUUGCAGGGACGACUCCAGCACCACAGCCCGAUUAUUCUCAGAUUAGUGAGGCUAGUCUGAAGUUGGCAGCGAUUUUGCAGCAGAAUCCUGGCAUGUUGGCGUCCCUCACACAGUCAUUGGCAACCGCAAACAAGGAGGGCGGUCAGAGCGCGCUAGCGACGGCACUGAUCGCUGCCGCCAAGGCGAAUGGAGGACAGGCGCAAGGAGGCUCGUCGUCGGCUACCGGCCCAUCAGGAUUGACCCAGCAGUCCCUCUCGACGUUGCAAGCCAUCGCAGCCGUCAUUGCUGCCGCGCGAAAUUCUGCCGCCGCCAACGCUGCUGCUGCUGCUGCCAACGCCAACAGUGGCGCCAGUGCCUCCACUUCUGCCGCCACCGUUACCGCCACCACUGCCACAACCGCAGCAACGACAAUACAACUUCCUCUUUCUUCAACUACAUCCGCGGCAAUCUCGGCUCCUGCACCAGUGGUCACACCCGCACCAGCGCCUGCAGUUACUGCCAUGGCUUCGCCAGCUCCAGCUCUGUCAUCCCCAAUAGCGCAGCUUGUGGCAGCAGCUCAGGCUCAGGCAGCAGCUCAGGCACAAGCACGGGCUCUGGCUCAAGCACAGGCACUCGCCCAAGCCCAAUCUCAGCCUCCAUCGACGGCUGCUACAACAACAGUAAGCUCAGCGCCAGCCGCACCGGCAACCACUGAAGCACAAGCUCAGGUGCUGGCCAUUCAAGCCCUCCAAGCGCGUGCUCGGGCGAUUGCACAGGCCGAAGAAGCACAAGACGCCCAGCAGCAAGCUCAUCAACAAGCCCAACAACAAGCCCAGCAACAAGCCCAACAGCAGGCACAGCAAGCCCAGCAGAAAGCAUUACAGGACGCUAAUACCCCAUCCUCAGCAGCCACAAGCGUUGCCGAGACUCCUCGACCUGAUGCCACCCCUGAGGUCAAGCCAGUGGUUGCUACCUCCGUCGCUUCUCCUGCUCCUACUGCCGUUUCUGCCUCUCCGAUUGUACCGCCUGCCACCGCAACGACGACUGUCACCAGCCCCACAGUACCAGCUAGUCAGCCUGCUAAUGCGGAACCUGCCCCUGUCGCUUCUACUGCGGCUGCACCGGUAGCAGCUCCAGCCACUACAACCGCCACAACUGUCCCUGCCACAUCUGCUACUGCCCUUGCUACUGCCCCUGCCAUUACUACUUCAACGACAACAACCAUGGAACCUUCACCUACAUCGAUAUCGACGCCUACUGACUCACAACCCAAUCCAUGA